GCGGGGUGCCGGUCCCAGCUUCUCUCAUGAGUUGGCGGCGCCUGUGCAGCGUGGCAGCGGCGGCGUGUGUGCAGUGUCUGUUCACCAUGAAAACUUCACGCAGGCCAUUCUGCUGUCAGAAUGCUAAUUAAGCACAAGUCUCCGCACGUGAGCUGACCGCAGCAAUUCUGUUUCCCGAGCACAUGCUGUCAAUUGCACACUGCUGUCUACAAUUGCUUUGGAGCAUGCCCCACCCUAAGCAGCCUUCCUCUGGACAACAGCAGCCAUGACGGGACCAAGACCGGUAGUUCUGAGUGGCCCAUCGGGUGCAGGAAAGAGCACUUUGUUAAAAAUGCUGCUUAAAGACUACGGCAAUGUCUUCGGCUUCAGUGUCUCUCAUACCACAAGGCAACCAAGAGUCGGAGAAGUGAAUGGCAAAGAGUACCACUUUGUGACCAGAGAACAAAUGCAGAAAGAAAUUGAUGCUGGCGAAUUCAUUGAGCAUGCGGAGUUCUCUGGAAACAUAUAUGGAACAAGUAAAGCUGCAGUGCAGGCCGUGCAGGCACGGAACCAGAUCUGCGUCCUGGAUAUCGACUUGCAGGGCGUCAAGAACAUUAAGAAAACUGACUUGAAGCCGAUCUACAUCUCGGUCCGGGCUCCGUCCAUAGAAGUCUUGGAAAAGAGACUGCGCGACAGACGGACGGAGUCCGAAGAGAGUCUACAGAAGCGGCUGAACGCCGCUCGCGUAGACAUGGAACUUAGUAAUGAACCUGGCCUUUUUGACCUGAUCAUCGUCAAUAAUGAUCUACAAAAAGCCUAUUCUGAACUGAAGGAGAUUCUUGCAGAGGAAAUCCAGAAGAUCCAAGACUCCAAGAAGUCCUGAGUUCAGUCUGCUUGGCCGCCAUUCCUAACGUGCUUCACAGCAUUCUGUUCCAAGAGAGACAUUCCCUUUAGCCUGAUCCCCUUCUGAGUUACUAUGACAUUUAUAGUAAAAAAACCAAAACAAAAGCAAAACCAACCUUAUAUUUAUAUUAGCCGGGGCUUCUGCCACUUUGUGCGCACGCUAAAGUGUCCAGUGCUCUUCUAGGUUUGCAUGGAGAUUUCAGACAAACAGUCUGAAAGUCCCUGUACUGUAUUUCCUGAGCAGAAUUAUUCUGAAUUCAUUUGUAUAGCCUGAUGGUAGAUACAGCCCAUGCAGAUACAAUCAGUGCAUGUAGUAUGUGAAACUGCAAGCAGUAGUCUCCUCCAUAGCAUUUUUGGUGGAUACUCCCUUCUCAGCCCUGGGCUGCCUGCACCAGAGGCCACCUGCAGAGGGAAACUGCUUAGUAUGACCUGACUUGAUCUUCCUCCUGCAGACAAAUAGGUUAAAGUGUGAAGUGUCAUCAGCUGGCCUGAAGUGACCAACUGAGAGAAGAGAUGCAACUGAAAAGGAAAGAGACGGGCUGAAGACAAACUCGGAGAGAGGACGGUGCUAAUGCUGGUGCCCCCCUUCUCCCCACCAAAUGUUCCACUAAGAAUCAUAGAAUAUCAGGGUUGGAAGUGACCUCAGGAGGUCAUCUAGUCCAACCCCCUGCUCAAAGCAGGACCAAUCCCCAGACAGAUUUUUGCCCCAGAUCCCUAAGUGGCUCCCUCAAGGAGUGAGCUCACAACCCUGAGUGUAGUAGGCCAAUGCGCAAACCACUGAGCUAUCCCCAUUGAAAGCUCCCACUCUUUCCCUUUUGUUCUCCCAUUAGGCCAGUGACUCCAGCCACCAUUCCUUUAGGUGGUUGACUGACAUUCUCAGCGAGUCUCUCGGUUGGAUCUCGCUACUGCUGCUGGCUAGGGCUCCUUUCAGCAGAGCUUGGGUUGCUCCAAACCUCAGUCCUCGUGCCCAGGAUCUAGCCAGGUGAACGGCUGGGGUUGCUUGAAAAAAUUGGAGACCCGCUUUAUCUACCACGAAAUAAAAUCACGUC